AUGGCUAAAGGAAACCACAAUCAACUAGCGAGUUGCGUAAUGAUCGCACUUUUCGUGGCCGGAAAGGUGCAAGGCGUUCCGAACGCAGUGCCAGGAACGGCGGGACCAGACCUAGUCCCGGAACGGAUCAAUGGAACACCGGUCGAAACGGGCAAAGAGGACGUUGUUACCACUGCCACCGGAGACGGCAACUCCCCAGUAGAUACAACUACUGAAAGCACGAGAACGACGACACAUGAUCGCGUUCUGUUCACCGACACGCCUGUCAUGGACGCUAUUACCAUCGUCUGGUAUCUGGCCACGUUCAUUGCUCUGGUAUCGUUUUUUCUGGUGAUGGCCUGUGCCGAUCGCAACCGGUGUGGGACACGCAAACCCGCCACGGAAGAGUUACAGCCACCGCCAACACCGGCCCCGUCCUACCGGCUGUUCGCACCGCCCAGCUACGAUACGCUCGAGUUCGAGAAGGAUAACGACAGCAUCUACAUUAUUCCGUACGAUACUCGCAUCGACAGUGACCAGCAUCAGCGGAAUGCCGAGGGCCUGGCAACCAACCUGGAAGACAUCAUCGAACCUCCAUCGUUACGGCGGCAACCGUCCAGUCAUUCCGUUCGUAUCAGUGAUAUUAGCGAGGAGGGUGAUGAUGUGCCAACGGUGAUUAUUGCAGUGAGGAGUGUUUCGGUACGAAGUAGUGACGCCACCGACGAGCAAGACGUCACCGCACUGUGA